UCAAUUCGUUCGUACCCUUCGUGCCAGAACAGUUCAAAACGUAUAUAAAGAAAAGUGUCGUGUCGUAAAAUUCGGUUUCGCUUUUUCACUGCGCUCUGGCGAAACCUAUUUCACACACACGCGUCUGGAAGAAAAAAAACUACCGGAUCCUGCGUGAUUUAUUUUCAUUCCUUGCCGGACAGUCUCUGGGAGUCGGGAAAAAGAAUCAUUUGGUUGCUUUCGAUCCCUGUUAACACAUGCACUCGAAUCGAGUGUUAUUUGUGGUUGUGUAGAUAAAAAGUGAAAAAAUAAUUCAUGUGAAUAUAUAUUUCCCUGUUCCCUUUAACCUUCUGUUCAACGAUUUGGGAGAAACGAUUACUUGUUGCAAAUAGAUAGCAAAAAUUUCAACCUUCAGCUUCCGUCAUCUAAGAGUCUAGCACACUACUAGGGACACUUUCAGUUGAGACUUCCGGAGCUCAUCAGGAGUGCGAUCUUCGGAUCUAGCGCUGCGCUUGCCACGAGUACUAACCGCCUAGGCUAGCUUUGUCGCUAGAGUUUGGUCAGUGGAAAUACCUUGCAGAUACACGCGGUGACGUUGUAUUCGGACAAUCAGUAAACAAGCAUCACUUUGUUUUAGCAAUGGCACUCAGUCAAACGUCGGUGCUGAAACUUUACAAUACCGUUAUCGACGAUGUCAUUUCUGGCGUACGAGAUGCUUUUCUGGACGAAGGUGUUGACGAGCAGGUGCUUCAGGAAAUGAAACAAGUGUGGACUGCGAAACUGAUGGCAAGCAAAGCUUUAGAAAGGUCGUUAGAUCAACAGGACCAACAAACACCAUCGAUUUUAAGCAACAAUUCCAAGUCGAUGUCACAUUCGAAGGCCAAUGGUACCAAGAAAGCAAAAGCGGCGGCGGCCGCUGCAGCUGCGGCAGCUAAUCAAGAGAAUCAAAAUGCCGCCAACAACAAGUUCACACAAAACAAUGCCCCACAAAGUACGAACUCUGCACAACCAAUAAAAACUGAACCAGCGGCCAGCCACACAGAGGCACAAAGCAACCAACAACAGCAAAUACAACCGCCACCUCUUGCCCAAACGGUACCACAACCACAGCCGGCUGCACCAGCACAACCACCAGCUCCUCCUGCGGCAGUUGUGGCUGCUCUCGAUCCCAACAAGCAGGUCGCAAUCCAGAUCACCUUACCCGCUCAACCAAAUGUUCACAAUUCACAACCCCGGGUGCUGACCAUCCAAGUGCCGGCGUCGGCCCUGCAGGAAAACCAACUACAGCAAGUUCUCACAGGCCCGAUUAUCACGUCCAUUAUGCCCCUGCCACCACAGAUCGCGUCGUCUGUUCUCCAGCAGCAUGUCAAUUCAUAUCUACAAAAUAACGCAAUCAACACGAUUCAACUACACAAACAAUUGGACGGCGCAUUCGAUAUGAUGGAGACAAAUUAUGAUGGGGAUAUGGAAAGCACCGAAAAAGAUGCGGUUGCUGUUCCGGGAAAUAUGCUUAUUCCAGUUGAAGCGAAAAAGGUUUCAUCCAAAAGAGGCGUCUGGUUGAGGAAGAAAAAAAAUUCCCAGCGAAUUACUCUGGUGAUCGGUGGUCAGCUUGACGGGGCCGUAGAUACGUCGGACGAGGAAGCAAGUGAUAUAAGUGACGAUAAUAUUGGAGAUGACGAUGACGAUGAUCUGGACAAGGAAGAUGACGAAGAUAUAGAUGGAGAAGGCGGCGCAGAGGAAGAACCUUUAAACAGCGAAGAUGAUGUAACUGACGAGGAUGCAUCCGACCUGUUCGAUACUGAUAACGUGGUAGUGUGUCAAUAUGAUAAGAUUACCCGAUCACGAAACAAAUGGAAGUUCUACUUGAAGGAUGGUAUUAUGAACAUCAGCGGAAAGGAUUACGUGUUUCAAAAAUCUAACGGUGAUGCAGAAUGGUAGAAAAAGAGAGAGUCGUAUGUAUGAUGUAUUUGUUUCUAUCGGAUAGUAUAACACAAGUGAGCUGCUCAGUAUAUUAUUCACGGGAUAAUCAUCUGAUUACGAAUCGGCAAAACAAUAUAUGACGUACGGUAUAUUUGUGUAUUAUUUCACAGAUAUUGAAUGGUAGUUUUUUCACACAUCUGGCUGUUCUUUGCUUCAUUGUUGUGAAACUUCGAAAAUUUAUAUUGGGGAUUCUUUUUUCUACAUUUAAUAUUCCAUGCAGACAACAACAAUAAAACUCCAACUAGGUAAAAUCAUCCAUCAAUUAAGACAAAAACAAAGUAUAAAAACUUAAAUUGGAAAUCGCAAUAUUUCUGUGCAUCUCAACAGCAAAUCCUAUGAAGCAUAAACCAAUCGUGGCCUAUUUUCCAUAUAGACAAGUGGUUGAACGAUAAUAAGAUAGCCUUAUUGAUAAUAUUUGAAGAUUUCUUUAAUUUACACUCAACAAUUUACUACACAUUUUCUUUCUAUUAUUAGGACUAUCUUGUACAGUGACAUAAAAAAUGUAAAAAUAUUGUGGAUAACUAGUUAAAUGUGAAACUUAUUUGUAUCCAACUAAUUUUUAACUGGUUCGAGCAGAAGUAAAGUAAAAAAGGGUGUUCAUUGUGAAUAUUAUCAACAUACCCAAAUGUAUAUCUCACUUGGUUAUGUUUGGUUCACUUGUAUGAUACCUAGAAUGUUCAGUUUUGGCAUGUACAUCAGUGUUAUUAAUCUUGGAAUACAAUACACAGCAGAGACAAAAGCAAAUUGAAGUUGCAAAA